AUGGCUUCGCGUCUUGCUAAGAGCGCCAUUGGUGCUGCCCGGCUCCGGCCGACCGUCACGCGCAACGUCGCUCCUAUCGCCAACCUGACCGUGUCUCGUUCGGCCUCCAGCGUACCUACCGAGGACCCCAAGAAGAAGGCCCAGUCGAUUCUUGACGCCCUUCCCGGCAACUCCCUGGUCUCCAAGACCGCCACCCUCUCCGCCGCUGCCGGUCUCUCCAUUGCCGCUAUCAGCAAUGAGCUCUAUGUCAUGAACGAGGAAACCGUUGCUGCUUUCUGUCUUCUCAGUGUUUUCACCGCUGCUGCCAAGUACGGUGGUCCCAUGUACCGUGAGUGGGCUGAGGGCCAGGUCCAGAAGCACAAGGAUAUCUUGAACGCUGCCCGUGCCGACCACACCAACGCUGUCAAGCAGCGUAUGGACAACGUCCAGGAGCUUGCUGGUGUUGUUGAUGUCACCAAGCAGCUCUUCGCUGUUUCCAAGGAAACCGCCCAGCUUGAGGCCCAAGCCUAUGAGCUCGAGCAGCGCACUGCCCUUGCCCACGAGGCCAAGCAGGCUCUCGACUCGUGGGUUCGCUACGAAGGUCAGGUUAAGCAGCGCCAGCAGCGUGAGCUUGCCGAGUCUGUCAUCGGCAAGAUCCAGAAGGAGCUUGAGAACCCCAAGGUCCUCCAGCAGAUCCUCCAGCAGAGCGUUGCCGAUGUUGAGCGCAUCAUGUCCUCCUCCAAGGCCCAGUAA